UCCAGAUGCAUACGUGGCUCCAUGUGAGCGUUGGUCACACAACCAAACCAAAGCUCUGCUGGUACACUAGGUGUCAGUGAGUCAUGGCGAUCUUUAAACGCGUGUUGUUUAUCUCAUCUUUGAUGCCGUUGAUAUUGAGCUACCCUUUCUACCCUCCAACAUGCUAUACUAAGGUGCUGAGCAUGGCCCGGGACCUCACCCAGUGGGCAGCAGAUUUGAAAAGGGACCCAGAGACUAGUACUUGCAUGGCACGCAUGCCAAAUCUCUACAUUGAUGUUCAUAAUGGUUGUGUGAUGUACAAAAUGAGCACCUACCUCCAAAUGGUGGAGAGCCUGCGACAGCGCCGCUGUGCUUACACCAGAGACGUAAGGAAGCUGGGUGUCACUAUGCGACAGCUCUUCAUCAUCAUGUCAGAGAGAUGCCACGGGGACUUGGUGUUCACAGGCUUUGACUGCUCUGCCCUGGAGCGCUGACAUCCUGGAUGGUGAAAUAUUUCAAGCUGCUCACCAAGAACGUUGAUAGAGAGACAGCGAGAGUCUCAGUGGACAUUCUUUAUUUCUUCAAGUAAUGACAGUAUUGUAAAAAAUAAAAACUGGAAGACACGAGUCUGAGAUCACCUGAGUAAACCAUAUUGUGAUUCUGAUGUUAUAAGCAUGUAUUCUCUUUGUAAUAACAUUUAUUACCAACCAGAUGAUAAAGCAAAAUAUUUUACAGAAUAAGAUGUAUUAUUUUUUUAAUAAUUACGCAGGCCUCUUAUAGAAUGAAUACAGUCACAUUUUUGGUUGAUAGACAGUUGUUUGAAUAAUUAUGCAAAAAAACAACAACAAAGAAAAAACUUUUAAUGCAGACUAAUGAGUUAAACCCCUAUGGAAGCAAAUUAAAACUGAGCCUUCUGAGUACCUUU